AUGCCUUUAAUUUGUACCCUUCAAUUAAGCAGAUCAGGAACAAAAAUAAUAGGACCAACCUGGAAUUACAACCUGGAAAACCCAGGCAGCGAGCGCUGCUACAAGGUCAUCGUGACCAACGAGAAUGGGCUCCAGGCGGCCGACCCCAACAGCAUCUUCCUCAUCGACCACGCCUGGACCUGCCGCGUGGCGCAAGCCCGCCAGCAGCUGUACCAGGUGCCUGGCCUGCUGCACCGCAUGGCCAACCUGAUGGGCGUCGAGUUCCACAGGGAGCUGCCCAGCGCUGAGGCUGUGGACCAGGUGCUGGAGGAGAUGUGGAAGUUCAACCAGACCUACCAGCUGUCCCAUGGGACGGCCGAGGAGAAGGUGCCGGUGUGGUACAUCAUGGACGAGUUCGGCUCGCGCAUCCAGCACUUGGACGUGCCCAGCUUCGCCACCGCUCCCUUCUUCUACAUGCCCCAGCGGGUCGCCUACACGCUGCUGUGGCCGCUGAGGGACCUGGUCACAGGCGAGGAGGUGACCCGGGACUUCGCCUAUGGAGAGGCAGACCCUCUGAUCCGGAGGUGCAGGCUCCUGCCAUGGGCCCCCGCCGACAUGCUGGGCCUCAGCUCCCGCACGCCCGAGCCGCCCGAGUCGCACUACCAGGCCAUUUUGGAGGAAAACAAGGAGAAGCUGCCAGUGGCCGUCGAUCCAGUGGCAUAUCCCUGUGACCACAUCUUCAAGGUCUACACGGACGUGCAGCAGGUGCUCAGCCACCUCACCCACCCCCGCUUCACCUUCACCCAGAGCGAGGCGGACGCCGACAUCCUCUACAACUUCUCCCACUUCAAGAACUAUAGGAGGCUCAGCCAGGAGAGGCCGCAUGUGCUGCUGAACCAGUUCCCCUGCGAGAACCUGCUGACGGUGAAGGACUGCCUGGCCUCCAUCGCGCGCCGGGCGGGGGGCCCCGAGGGCCCAGCCUGGCUGCCCCGCACCUUCAACCUGCACACCGAGCUGCCCCAGUUUGUCAGCUACUUCCAGCAGCAGGAGAGACAGGGCGAGGACAACCACUGGAUCUGCAAGCCCUGGAACCUGGUGCGCAGCCUGGACACCCACAUCACCAGGAGCCUCCACAGCGUCAUCCGGCACCGCGAGAGCAGCCCCAAGGUUGUGUCCAAGUACAUUGAAAAUCCUGUCUUGUUCCUUCGAGAAGACGUGGGGAGGGUCAAGUUCGACAUCUGCUACAUUGUGCUGCUGCGGUCGGUGAAGCCCCUGAGGUUGUUCGUGUAUGACGUGUUCUGGCUGCGCUUCUCCAACCGACCCUUCGCUCUCAACGACCUGGACGACUACGAGAAACAUUUCACGGUCAUGAACUACGACCCAGAAGUGGUGCUGAAGCAGGUGCACUAUGAUGAGUUCAUCCCCGAGUUUGAGAAGCAGUACCCAGAAUUUCCCUGGAAGAGUGUCCAGGCCGAGAUCUUCCAGGCCCUCACGGAGCUGCUCCACGCGGCAUGUGCGAAGCCACCGCCCCUGGGCCUCUGCGACUACCCCUCGUCCCGGGCCAUGUACGCCAUCGACCUCAUGCUGAAGUGGGACAGCCGUCCAGAUGGGAAGCGAGUGAUGCAGCCACAGAUCCUGGAGGUGAACUUCAACCCGGACUGUGAGCGAGCCUGCCGGUACCACACGACCUUCUUCAAUGACGUCUUCAGCACCUUGUACCUGGAUGAGCCCAGUGACUGCCAUGUCACCUGCCUGGUGUAGGUGCUCGCUGGCCCUCCUGCUUUUUCUUGCGGCGGAUUACAGCCUCAGACCCCUGAGCCGCUUCUGCAAAGCCCCCCUCCUCCCUUGGGCACAGGCGGGCCAUGUCCCGGCUUCACAC